AUGGGUAUUGCAUACAAAGCCGGUGGAGCAGUGGAGAAGAUCGAUGGAAGAAAAGAACAAACUGCCGGUCUUCGCCCGAGACCUGUGGCGAGCCCCUUCGAUGCUUUCCUAUUUAUCACAUCUUCCUCCCUUCUCCUCUGUGUGGGACCCGCAUACCAAUAUGCAUUGCCAUGUUUGAAGAUGGAUUUCAUUCUCUCGUUGACGCACUUCUGCGAAGUGCAUGGGCCGACCUCCAUCAUCUGCUCCCAGGUCCUGCCCUUCUCCUGCCCACAAUGCCAUGAGGACUCCCCCCAGGGCACUCCCGUCUCCCAGGACCCUCGCCUGGACGACGCCCGCUCACCCAAAGCCGACUCCAAAUCCCCGCGGAUCGAAGAUUCACCCUACUUCCUCCCACGCCCGGCUUCCCCCGAGGAGAAGUCCAGUCGCAGUGGCGCCAACGGGGAUACCUGCGCCAGCUGCAGUCUAUCCCUGCCCGAGGAUGUCAGCCGACAACUGCCCCCCGGAGCACCCGGCAGUCGCGAUGCCAAAGGGAACACCACCAGUCCCGUCCUGCGCUCCCGGGAGGUCGUCUUCUCCUGCGGCACCAGCCACUCAGACAUAGAUGACGAAUGUGACUCCCACGCGCAUGCCUCUCCCCCCGAAUCCCUCCAUUCAGCCUCCGUCGCCUCAGACGCCUCCUGUCACACCCACAUCCACACCUACCUCUCGCAGCGGGGGCCACCGAAUCCGGCCAAUUAUGCACUCCUCCGCCGAUCCUCCAUCCGCACCCUCAGCUGCGAAUUGCUACCUCGCGGCCUUUCCUCCGGCCCCAUCUGUUUCGGUGACUCCAUCGCCGGUUACACCAUUGCGUACAUCUUCCGACUCCCGGAUCCCAUGGCCCGCGGCAAGCGUCGCAGCUACGCCCUAGUGGCCCUAGCCGGCCGCGACGCCGGAAGAGCCUUCCGCGCCUGCCCCAUCAUCUGGCGAGCCUUUGGCCGCAUCGCGGCCAGCAUCGUAAAUGCCGCCGAGCGCUUCCAGGAAGACGAGAAGACCCGGGACGAGCAGAAUAACCCGGGCCGACAGCCCGGCCGCCAAUACCCGCCCGUGUCAUCUUUCCUCACGGGUCGCGGGAUGGAUCCCGCUGGCCGACGAGCCGCGGGCCAGAUCCGUGCGCGCAACCUGGCCGAAAUCGUCGGCAACGAAUACAUCUUUACUGAGCUACAUGCGCAUUUCGUCGCAUUACUCCAGCAGCUUGGGUCGAUGUUUGGAGGCAUCCCGCUAAACGAGGAGCGCUUCAUCUGCAGCACGGUCGGUGACGAAGAACCUACCUCCGCUCAGCCGGUCCUAGUCUCCAAGACUCGAUCGCCACAGGACGGUCAGAAAUUCGACGGCGACGAGAUUGAUAUGUCUAAUCUUGAAAUCUCCACUGGACCGAAAGCCAUCCCCAUCGCACCUCGUCGGCCGGUCAUGGCAUGA